CAUGGCUAUGACUAGCGUCAGAUUGCCCAGCAGCGUUUUAAGAAAGCCAGAUGCCUGGAUUGGGCUCUGCAGAGCGCUACGAGGGACACCUUCACAUAAACACUGUGCUUUCUGGAAUCGAUACUUAUAUUUGUCUAGUACCAAGUUAAAUGCUUCAAAUUAUAAAACACUUUUGCAUAACAUUUUCUCACUGAGACUCUCAGGGCUUUUAAUAUCUCAAGAAUAUAUUUUCCCAUUUUCCAUAAGACUCAAAAGUAAUGUAAGCUCUAAAAAAUCCACUAAAAAGACUCUGCAAAAAGUGGAAGAUGAAGGGGACUCUGAUGAAGACAGUGAGCAUCAUGAGAUGAGUGAGCCGGAAGAGGAGCCAGAGGACGACCCCAGUGCGGUCAGAGAGCAUAGGGACCUGGGCAAAGUAGUGCAGUCUUUCCGAUAUGAUGUUACCCUGAAGACGGGCCUGGAUAUCGGGAGAAACAAAGUGGAAGAUGCAUUCUACAAAGGUGAACUCAGGCUGAACGGGGAAAAAUUAUGGAAGAAAAGCAGAACGGUGAAAGUGGGAGAUACAUUGGAUCUUCUAAUUGGAGAGGACAGAGAAGCAGAAACAGAGACAGUGAUGAGGAUUCUCCUGGAAAAAGUGUUUGAAGACCAGCAGUGAGAAAUACAGAGUGGUGUUACGGCGGUGGCAAAAGUUAAAAUUGCCUAAAAAAGUGCGCUCAAAUAAACGGGUUGCUUUUUAGCGAUAAAGCUGCUUUCUAGUGGUGGGGGAAGGGGCCAGGUUAAAAAGAGGACGUUUUUAUUAAAAUAAGGUUCUCCUACCAAAAAAAAAAAAAGCAAGCAAGCAGGAAGAUAUGCUCCCCGAUGACUGUAUAGCA